UCCAGAGACCUUCAGCAAGAACUCAAUAGCAACUAUCAGACAAAAUACAUCGAGUAAAGAAAGCAGUUUCUGGAAAUCUCAAUCAGUUAUGGCAAAUACUUCAAACCUUGGAAGAAACCUGUGAUACAAAGGUUGUUUAUCUUAGAAGUGUUGACUAAAAACAACCUGAUGCAAAAGCAGAUGACCUCCCUGCAAGAAGUGAAUCCCAGAGUGAGAGGGAUCAGACUCUCAUCUCAAAGUGGGCUGCAUAGUCUGACUGAGAACAUCACCAAAGACAUCAUCAAAGGAACGCCACAAUCGUUCAAGGAGCUGAUUGACGUCAGUUUAGGUGAUCCCCAGAGAGCAGGAAUGAAACCCAUCUCAUUUGUUCGACAGGUCCUGGCAGUGUGUUUGUGCCCUGAACUGCUGAGUGAUGAACAUCUUCCUCUGGAUGUCAGGACAAGAGCCCUGAGGCUCCUGGAGGCUUGUGAUGGUGAAAGUGUGGGUUCCUACACUGAUUCCUCUGGACUGCCUUACAUCAGACAAACUAUCGCCAAGUUCAUCAUGAAAAGAGACGAAGGUGUUCCUGCUUAUGCUAAAAACAUUUUUAUAUCCUCUGGAGCUCAGAGAGCCCUGAUGGUAAUAGUAAAGCUGCUAUCCGGAGGGGAAGGGCGAUUUCAGACUGGGGUGUUGAUCCCUCAGCCCUGUCCACACAAACUGCUUCCUCUGCUAGACGAGGCCGGGGCGCUGGCUGUGCCUUACCAGCUGAUAGAGGAGGAAAACUGGGCUGUCGACACGAGUGAACUGGGAAGAGCUCUAACAACUUCCAGAGGGCGCUGCGAGCCCAGAGCAAUCUACAUAAGCAACCCAGGAAACCCCACAGGACAUUUGCAGGACAGGAAGUCCAUAGAGAAAGUGAUUGAGUUCGUAGCAUCUGAGAGACUCCUUCUGCUGAUUGAUGAGGUCUAUCAAGACAGUGUUUAUGCACCGAACAGAGAGUUUAUUUCAUAUAAGAAGGUUCUGUUUGAGAUGGAUGAACAUCUGAGAGACACUGUGGAGAUGGUUUCCUUCCACUCUUUAUCCUGCGCCUGUGUAGCAGAGUGUGGCCUCAGAACAGGAUACAUGGAGGUGGUCAACAUGGACCCAGGGGUGAUGCAUUUUGUUGAUACCAUGCUCUGUACUGACAUCAAUGCACCAGUCACAGGACAGAUUGCACUGGAUCUCAUGCUCAGCCCACCCAGUCCGGGUGACCCUUCAUAUAACACAUUCGUUCAUGAGACUCUCCUGACUCGAGCCACUCUGGCCCAAAAUUCUCAGCGGGCUCUGAAGCUGCUGAACGAUCUACCAGGAAUGAGCUGCUGCCCUGCGAUGGGGGGAAUCUACCUCUACCCACGUCUGGAUCUACCAGCUGAGAUCAAGGAGCAAGCCAAUAGGCUGGGACUGGAAGCAGAUGUGUUAUACUGCCAGAUGUUACUGGAGGAAGAAGAUUUGAUCAUAGGUGCAGGAGAUAAUGGAACAAGUGGCAGCCAUCAUCUCAGAUUGUGUAUUCUGGUUCCGCCUGACACUUUGGAGAAGGUUUUGUCUCGCCUCUCUUCCUUCCACCUUCGCCUCUCUGACAGAAAACUUAGCAGAAUUGUAUAGGACAAAGCUGAGAAGCAACAGGCGGUCACCAGUAGAGGAAAUACACCAAAGCCACAUCAGACAAGCAGAAAGAUCAUAUUUAAAUGAUAUUUGUUUUCUUUUCUGACAUUUUAGAAUAAUGUUAGAAAAAGCUUUGAUUGAAGGAGAAACAUAUUUACCAUUUUAUCAGUCAGAAAAGUUUGGAUCCUUUUUAAAAUUACUGUUAGGUUUAGCUUCCAUGUCAAAACACAAUGCAUACGAGAACUGCUUUUCAGACUUGCUUGGAUUGUAAUAACAAGAGUAGCUGUUUUAAGAAUUUGACUGUUAUAAAAUAACGCUUAUGUGAAUAAACACACAAUAGGAGAAAAUGCUAAUAUUCAAGUAGUUCUUUACUGCCCCUAAACUUUCUAUUCACCUGAUAAGUAAAUUUGGUAGUUGGUUGUUUUUGUAAUUUUCAAAAUGUCGAUUCCAUUCUCCUGACACCCACUCAAAUAUUUUGUUGUAUGAUGCACUGAUGUUUUCUAAACGGGUUGAAAAUCAGAAUUUGUUCUCAAACUUAUCUUGUAAAGAUUAAAACAAUAAAUACAUGAAAAUAA